ACAGAGGAGCCCAGCCGCUCACCCCGCCCGCUCGCCCGCCCGAGCCCGCCACCGGCGCGCGCUCCUCUGGGAUGUCCGAGGGACCCAGGCGUUCAGGACGGUGACCGAGCGAGCCCGAGGAUCCGAGGAUGGGACGGCGCCCGCGGCUCCGGCUCAUCAAGGCCCUUCUCCUCCUGGGGCUGAACCCCGUCUCUGCCUUCCUCCAGGACCAGCACUGCGAGAGCCUGUCCCCGGUCAGCAACGUCUCUGGACUGCAGUGCAAUGCAUCCGUGGACCUCAUUGGCACCUGCUGGCCCCAGAGCCCCGCGGGGCAGCUGGUGGUUCGACCCUGCCCUGCCUAUUUCUACGGUGUCCGCUACAACACCACAAACAACGGUUACAGAGAGUGCCUGGCCAACGGCAGCUGGGCCGCCCGCGUGAACUACUCAGAGUGCCAGGAGAUCCUCAGCGAGGAGAAGAAGAACAAGGUGCACUACCAUGUCGCUAUCAUCAUCAACUACCUGGGCCACUGCGUCUCCCUGGUGGCCCUCCUGGUGGCCUUUGUCCUCUUUCUGCGGCUCAGGAGCAUCCGCUGCCUCAGAAACAUCAUCCACUGGAACCUCAUCUCGGCCUUCAUCCUGCGCAAUGCCACGUGGUUCGUGGUCCAGCUCACCAUGAGCCCCGAAGUCCACCAGAGCAACAUGGGCUGGUGCAGGUUGGUGACAGCCGCCUACAACUACUUCCAUGUGACCAACUUCUUCUGGAUGUUUGGGGAGGGCUGCUACCUGCACACGGCCAUCGUGCUCACGUACUCCACCGACCGGCUGCGCAAGUGGAUGUUCAUCCUCAUUGGCUGGGGUGUGCCUUUCCCCAUCAUCGUGGCCUGGGCCAUUGGGAAGCUGUACUACGACAAUGAGAAGUGCUGGUUUGGCAAAAGGCCUGGGGUUUACACCGACUACAUCUACCAGGGCCCCAUGAUCUUGGUCCUGCUGAUCAAUUUUAUCUUCCUUUUCAACAUCGUCCGCAUCCUCAUGACCAAACUUCGGGCGUCCACCACGUCUGAGACCAUUCAGUACAGGAAGGCUGUGAAGGCCACUCUGGUACUGCUCCCCCUCCUGGGCAUCACCUACAUGCUGUUCUUUGUCAACCCCGGGGAAGACGAGGUCUCCCGGGUCGUCUUCAUCUACUUCAACUCCUUCCUGGAGUCCUUCCAGGGUUUCUUCGUGUCUGUGUUCUACUGUUUCCUCAACAGCGAGGUCCGCUCUGCCAUCCGGAAGAGGUGGCACCGAUGGCAGGACAAGCACUCGAUCCGCGCCCGGGUGGCCCGCGCCAUGUCCAUCCCCACCUCCCCAACCCGUGUCAGCUUUCACAGCAUCAAGCAGUCCACGGGGGUCUGAGCUAGAAGG